CCGGCGCGUCAGACGACGCGGAGUUCGCGUCGAGCGCGGGGUGGCGGAGCGUGCCGGCCGCUCGGCUCUUACAUAAUAAAGACACCACCACCACCACAGUAACAGAGAGGAGGGAACGCAAAGACAACCGAGACGGGACCGACAAAAAACACACACUCGGGGCCAAGGACAGGCAGGCCUCGAGGCCCUCCUCGCGACGCCAUGGACGAGAGGAAGGAGGCGGCCGAGGCGGAGAUCCAGGAGCACUGCCCCGAGCACUGGUUCUCCAUCUGGGAGCGCGAGUGUCUGGACGACGCCGAGCAGGAGGCGCCCGAGGAGGACGACCGCCUCGCCCUGGAGAGGGAGCAGGCGGCGCAGAAGCUGUGGCUCUCGUUUCAGAACUCGGCCACGGCGGUCGCCCAGCUCUAUAAAGACCGUGUCUGCCAGCAGCAGGGAGUCUCCUUGUGGAUCCCCUUCCAGAACGCUGCCUCGGCCGUCACGAACCUUUACAAAGACGGCGCAGAGACGCACCGGAGGAGCUACGAGCACGGCGCACAGAUGGGGCUGCAGCGGCGGACGCGCGACGUUCUCGCCUGGGCCAAGAAGCGGCGGCGCACCAUCCGGCGCGAGGACCUCAUCAGCUUCCUGUGCGGGAAGUCGCCGCCACCUCCGCCGUCCCGCGGCGGCUGUCGCGCCCCUGCGCGCCUCUCAGGCAUCCCGGCCUCCCCCCGCGUCGCCCCCACGGAGCCCAGCCCCACCGACGAUACUGACCUGCAGCCCUUCCGCGAGGCCAUCGCCCUGCACGGCCUGAGCGGAGCGAUGGCGAGCAUCAGCAUGCGCUCGGGCAACCCGGGCUCGCCCACGCACGCGGCCGGCGGCUCGGGCCCGUCGCGCCGCCGCUCCAGCCUGCACGACAUGGACCUCAACACGUUCAUCUCGGAGGAGAUGGCCUUGCACCUGGAGGGGGGCACCACCACCACGACGGCGGCGGCGGCGAUGGCGGCCAGCGCGCGCAAGCGCUCGGCCACGUCGCAGUGCCCCGACGUGAUCACGGACUCGCCGACGCACAAACGCAGCCGCCUCAUAUGAGGAGGCCUUGGGUGGGGGGGUGACGACGCUGCCCCCUUACUUCCUCCUCCUCGUCCACCUCCUCGUCAUCCUCCGACUACGAUGGCAACGGCCACAGAGCGCUUGGAUCCAAGUCUUGCACACCCUUCCCGUUUAAUUCUUAAGAUUUGAGAGGAAAAAAACGACAGCAAAAAAAAUACUAACUGGACUGGAACCGUAUACUUGUGAGUAUAUGUGUAAACAGAGUGUAAAAUAAAGUUUAUUGGGCAAAUGCAUCUGGAAAAUUGGACUGUUUGGGGAAGGAUAUUUGGUUAGUGUUCUAAUUGCACAAGCUCAGCUAGUUCUCUAAAGGAAUAAAUUCUAAGCACUCAAAACAGGCUGUUAUAAUCUAAACAAAUGAUUAAUCUCCAUGUUACUAAGUGGACUUAACAUGGAUAGAAGUGACCUUAGAGAAUAUGGUCUUAUGAGCGGUAUCAAAAGACUACAUGUAUUUUUUUUCCAUUCUGUUUGGCAACAUUAAUGCUAUCAUUGCGUAAAAUAUAGAAUAUCUGUUUAAUAGCUACUCAACCGUCACAACUCGGGUUGGACUUAUGCACCUAUGAAAACAUUUCGUUUUGUUAACAAAGAAAACAACGUUUGGACGGCGUUUUUUGUGAUGUGUAAUAUUCAGUGAAAAAAAGAUAUUCUUUGAAGGUUUAAUCCAUUUUGAAAUGAAGCAUGCGUCAGAAGGCAUUUAAAGGCUUUGUUAGGCCAUAUAUGCUGCACAGCGAAGAAGAGGAUGAUGGAAGUUGUGUGUUACGCAGACAAUGACUUUAAACAGAAGUUAAAACGUGGAGACGAUGUGACAGAAUUAAUUACGUUAUUUUGUCUUGGGAACAUCAGCAGAUGAAGCUUUUAGUGAGGACGAGCAGGGACUCUGCCGCAGGGGUGUUAAUGGUCAGCACACACUGGACCCUGCAAUCCAGGGGUCGCCGGUUCGAUCUCCGGGCAUGGCGGUUGAGAAUUAGCAAGUUGAUUAAAUCUUCCCCUUCCCUCUGGCUACCCAGAAACUAAUCUCAAUCUCAGUUUAUCUCAAUCAUCAGGAUGUUCAUAUUUUCCGCAGACCCUCCUAGUUCAUUCUCUGCUCUUCACCCAUCUGGAAUUUCGUUCUUCUUGGUCACCAUCACUACUCUCCCAACAAAUAAAAACAAUUCUUCCUCGUGGGUUAUUUUCAAUCUCCCAAUUAAUUCUCACCACUUUGCCUCCUCCUUCAACUCCAUGGGCUUCCUGUUCAAUACACCGCAGUCUUUUCAAAUAGCUGAAUCUUUAAAUCUUUCCAUGGCCUUGCCACCCACCUGAUCAUCUCUCCUCUCUCAUCUCCUGUCCUCUCGCCCUCUUAAUUCCCAAUCUUUUCUCUAUCUGUUCCUCCUCCCCGUGCUCAAUCCCGUGUUCAGUCCUCUUUCCUUGCACGCCUCCACUGGCAUCAACUUCCAUGGUACAUUAAGCGGGUCCCCCUCCUUAACCACUUCCCAUUCCUCUCUUAAGCCUCACCUCUUUAUUUCUCAUUCCUUCUCUUCCCUCCCCUUGCCCCCUCCACUCCUUCCCAUCCCUCCCCUACCCUUUCGUGAUCCCCAAGUAGCCCUCUGUCUCUGCUGUCACUCAUUGCUCAAUCCUUGCAGCACGCUCCUGCCAUGUAAAUCGUUAGAUUCCACGACAGUUGUCUAUGCUGUGUCAAGCACCUUGAGUGAAGGCGCUGUGUCAAUAUACAAUUAGAUAUCUGGGUGCACCACAGUUGAUUGGCAUUGUCAUGUGUGAUGUGGUAAAGUAUGGGUACUUGAACUUAUUUACAAGAUGAACAAAAUAGGCUUUCCCCUUUGCAGGAAUUAAACAGGAGGUGUUAAGAUGUUAAAACGCCAACUAUACACCUAUUGCAAGGCUUCAAGUCUGCAUUCACCAUGUAUGCGUGUGGUAAACAUGCAAACAAAACAUGCUUUGAUGAUAAUGUUAUGCAUUGUCCUUGAAACUGAUCGGCCUACACCAGAGACAGCCUCCUUUAUUGGCCUUGUCUCACCGGUGUUUGACGAUAGGACAGCAAAACGUGACCAGCACAAAGACAAUGCAACUCAUCAAAGCGUUAUUAAUAGGUCAGGUUGAGCAGUUAUAUCUAUGGGAUAGCAUAAGACCCGAUAGUAUUGCUGGACAGGGUAAAGCCUCUACCUUUUUUUUCAUCUUGAUACCGGCAAAAAGGGUCCCAUAGAUUAUUGCCAGAUUUCCGGGCCAGUGUGGAAGAGGAGAUCAAUAUACCCCCCUUGCAGCGCCCUCUUGCAGAGAGAGGCCCUUUCACCAGCAGUGGUGUGAGCACGGAAUGGUAGGGCUGAGCCUUUUACCUUUCAGGACAGUUAGAAAGUUAAAGUGGCUGAUAAUACUCCCAAGAAGGCAUAUAUGGCCUAAAAUUCUAUGAAUUUUAAAACACUGCUAUUUGGACUUGUCUUAGUGGAAUACAUUUUUUUAGAGUUUAUUUUAGAAAAAAAAUCGUGUCCUUUUAAUGACCAGUGGGGGUAUGAAUGACCGUACGUUUGCAAAAAAAAAUGGCUUUCGUGAAUCCUGUGUUGGCGACACUUUGUUGUUGAGCAGCUUUGAGGGGUGGAUGGGGCGGGGGGGUAGCCUUUAAACACGCCAAAUUGCUUGAACCUGAGCGUUGGAAGCCUCAAACCAUUCUACACUCAACCUACAACCUCCUUGAGUUGCACACCUCGUGUAUAACCACUAGGCACGAAAGGAUUAUUUAACCUUAGCGCCAAGGUUGUUGCAAGGCCUUAAAACACGUUUCGACUGUUGCCCAUUAACGUUGCUGUGGCGAACGGUGAUGAAAUAGCCAUGGUCUGCUCUUCACUGAAUAGUUAAACUUGCGAGGGUUUGUUUUCGGAGGUUCGGGCACGGCUUCUGCGGCUGCUAUCCCCUGGUGUGGAAAUUGGAAGGACCCGGAGUUGACAUUUGUGUGCACGGACAAUUUGUAAAUUCGCAAUUGUUAUAGAUGUUCCUUGGAAAAAAAAUAGCAAAUGCACAAUCUGAUCAUCGGAAAUAGGAAAAUGGUAGAUUUCGUUGGCAAAAUGCUGCUGCUCGUUAUGAACCCGAGUAUUGUUUUAUCCAAUUAAUAUAAACACAUCAGCAUUAUUAUCGCCACCCAUUUUUUUUGGUAUAGUUAUAUGGUUGACCUAAAAAUGAUGUUUUUCAGCACCUAUCAACGUGAGCAUAUUUCAUGCAUACAUGGAUUUAGAUUUAAAUUUCACAGCCUCUUAUCUCCCCUCCUGCCUCCCCCCCACCUCCUACCCCAAAUCUGAAAAAAAAUAAACUCUUGUUAUUCCAAGUUACAAAACAAAAAUAUGCCCGAGAACCAUUUUUUUCCCUUCCUCCCGUUGUCUCUCAUCCUCAUCGGCUCAUCAUCGACUCCUCCCCGGCCCAAGGAUUGCUGGUUCUGUGGUGGUUAUGGCUGUGGUGCUGCUGCUGCUGCUCCCUCCUUUAUUAGCCGCCGACGGAGGAGGAAGAAGAAGAGGUUGGCCCCGUCGCAUGCCGGGAGGCACGGGCAGCAUCAAGGGUUGGUGGGUGUCAACCGGUGCACGAGGAGGUCAAGUGGCAACCACCCCCCACUGUGGCUCGGCUCUGUGAGUGGCAGCAAAGUUUUGGCGUGGCACUUUUUUUGUUUUGUUUCAUUUUUAGCCGAAUGUGGUGUUUGCAUGCUCGGCUGCCAAAUUUUGCAAAUACGCGCUGUUAAGUCUUCAGGAUUUGUAAGCUCAACGUAUAUCCUAAGGCCCUGUUUUUUUGUCGUCUUUUUUGCUUAUUACAAGGCUUUUUGUGAACUUGUAGUAAACAACACAGACCGAAAUAAUGUUGAAAAUAAGUUUUAAUAAAGUACUUGAAUCUCAUGUCAA